AUGGGAACAAAAGACGCAGCUAUGUCUUUCUCACAGUUUGGAUAUCCUUACAAUGCAACGUCACAGUUUUUCGUGUCGGCAAACCCCAGUACGACUUGCUGCGAUUCGAUUUCCAGAUCUGUCUCUGACGGGACAGGCGCAUCCCAAACGGCUGCAGCCGCGUCCUUCUGCUGCCCCUCCUACGAGAACCGGCUCCUGGCGAGCAGCCGCACGGAGCUCAACACGGCACUGGGCGUCUACAGCUCCCCGUAUGCAGCCGCUGCUGCCGCUAGCCAGAACUAUGCCAACUACUUCCCCUACAGCACCGACCCAUCCGCCAUCUACUCCUCUCUGAAUCCACAGUAUGACAUCAAGGACAGCACAGGCGCAUUGCACUCUGGAAUCGCUCAGACAGCUGCUUACUAUCCUUAUGACCACUCACUGGGCCAAUAUCAGUACGACAGGUAUGGGACAGUAGAUUUUAACGGGACAGCCAGGAGGAAGAAUGCCACUCGGGAAACCACUAGCACUUUAAAAACAUGGCUUUAUGAGCACCGCAAGAACCCCUACCCCACUAAAGGCGAGAAAAUUAUGCUAGCAAUCAUCACCAAGAUGACCCUCACACAAGUGUCCACCUGGUUUGCCAACGCAAGGAGGAGACUCAAAAAGGAGAACAAAAUGACGUGGUCCCCUAAAAACAAACCAGGGGAAGACAGAAAGGACGAAGUGGACAAAAAUGACCACGACUGUGUAACCAAAGAUACAACUGAUUGCAAAGAGGAGAAGGACUUGCAGUUAAGUGACCUGGACGACAUGGAUGAUGAAGACUGUGACAAACUGGACAGUGACUGUGAGAAGGUGACAGGAGACGGAUCCGGCCUACAGGUCAUGAACAUCUCUGGGAGCCUCCAAAAACGAGACUGCAGCUCGGAACUGCACCUGGGUUUACCAAACACUUUCAACACUACAUUCUCCUGUCCCAUCAAGAGCUCUCUCCCGCCCCUCACCACUGACUACCCUGAUCCAGUGGUCUCCAGGUCUUCAUCCAGCCCAAUGGGAGCCCUGUCGCACUUUGAAUCUCCGGACAAGCCCAGGAUCUGGUCUCUGGCUCGCACUGCAGCACUGGGGGUUAUUCUGAGUCCACAGCAGCAGCAACAGCCUCAGCCCAGCUCAGAGCUCAGAACGGGGUCAUCCUGCCAGCUCCAGAGCACCAGGCUUCCUGUGUCUCCUGCUGGACAGUGUGCAGGGAUAAGGGGCCUUAAUGAAAACUCAAGUCUUUCUAUUUCAGAAAACUCUUUCUCCUCUGAAAGUUCGGUAUUGCACCCAAAAGUGUAUGGAGCUGGAAGCUACAGCCACAAGGGCAUCCAUCUGCACUGUUCAUCGUAUGCUGGCUUGGCAGAUACAUAUCCAUACACUUCCACUAUAGAAGAGUUCCCUAGUGGCAAAGCUGAGACACCGUCCCCUGGCCUGAGCCAAGCCUGUGCAACCUUAGCAGAUGACAAGGUGACUGCGUUCAGACCUGUGAUGAAGAGGUGA